AUGUUGUUAAUUAUAAAAACGUUUAAAAAUAUUAUAUUUUCAAUUCGUACGCAGCUCUCACUAGUAACCCUUUCCCUGAUGGAGACGCUCAUCGACCUGAACUGCGAAGACGUGAUGAUCGAGUUGGUGUUCAAGUACCUCCUCAACGGCCACCACUUGAUAUCGCCACACAAGCACAAAUUAUCAGACCCAGAGAACUUUCGAGAAGCCGCGAUGGCAUUUCUGGACUUGCAACCCAAAUGCUGCCAGAGGCCGUUGGUUUAUACAAGGCAGUGGGUUGAUGAUAUGGCGUUAAGUGGGAAGAGAGUACUGGACUUAAGGCCUGGUGAUGAGAGCCGGGUGAACGGAGUGCACGGUGAUAUCGCGAUGAACAAUCUAGUCCAGGAAAUUAACUUUGAUUAUGGGAAUCCAAACGAAACACUAAUAGGCAACUAUCACGCGUACCUCAGCGACAGUCGUGUCGAAAUUGUGACGCGGACGAUAGCCUGCUCCAACUGGAGCUCGCGAUACGCGGCCGUAGCGAAACGAGAACCUAACAACAACGCGAAGGAUAAGGAGAUAGAAACAUCGCCGACCGAAGAUAGCCUUGUGUCGAUAUGCACCAGCGGCUACGAGACUCUGAAGACCAGUGACACAUCCGAGAAAGAGCACAGUCUCAACUCCCUCGUGGAGGAAAAGGAGGAUGUGGUGGAGAAGGAUAUGGGCGGGGACAAAGAGGAUGGGAACAAAGAGCACGACAGCCUCACGUCGUUCGGCGAGAGCAGUGGAUAUGACAGCUUCAAGUAUAGGGAUGAGUGCGAGGGUUACGCGGAGGAUUCGUUCAAGAAGAGUUUCGAGAAGGAGGGAGAUGACGGGAGCGACUGUGACGCGCCGGUCAGGAGUUGGAGGAUUAAUGUUGAAACUAUUAUUGGUCCCUUACUAGCUCAACUGCUGAAGAAAGUAUCGCUUCUCCUGGAAUCGGACGUAGCGACGAAUUGCCGUGUGACUAGCGUGAUAUACAAGCUAUGUUCCUUCCCAGAGCCUCUGCUCGUUUCGCUAUUACUGUGCCCAGCCUUUAUCCUGCCCAAUCUACCCUCCUUAUAUCAGAUCCUCAAUAAACUGAGGGAAGAAAUAGACGAGCUAGUGGAUGGCAUGGACAAUAUACCCGAGUUGGUGGACAUGGCGCGCGUGUUCCUCAUACAGCGCGAGAUGGCGCUGGUGCGGCGGGCGCUUACCAACGACGAUAAUAAAGCGCAAAGAGCACAAACGGGCGUCACGUUCCAAAGAAGUGAGUCGAAACGCCGCAGCCUCUCGUCCAGUAUAUCGAACAUGUUCGCCAGGAAGGUGCCGCCGUCCCCACCACAAAUCAACAUGAACUACACGCCGCUUCACACGCAAAAGCGUCCGGCGUUCACACAAGAGUCAUAUUGGAAUCAAUCGAUUAAACUCCGCUCGAUACUAAACGCUGUGAUCCUCGACGAGUGGCUCAAGGAAUUGUCGUCCUUAUGUCAAGAGCAGGCUCUUCGACUGUCAGCGGAGUACUAUGAAGAUGAGAGUUUCAUACGAACGUUGGCUUUAUGACUAAAGGUCAAAGCCUCGCAGGGCAAAGUCAAGAAGAAAGUAGUUUUCUUUGAACCGUCUGUUGAUACACAAGUAUAAUGCGAGGUUUUAAAUUACAAAAAUGUUCAAAAUUUAAUAAUAUACUGAAAUAUGUAUAAGUCAUUAUAAGGAAUGCGGAGAAAAAGAGGUUCGAAUAGCCAUGAAAGUAUAUUUUUUUCCUUCUUAUUGAAGGAAAUAAAAAAAUCUAUGUAUAACUCUGUAAAGGACUUAGCGUGUGAUUUUUAUAAUCAUAUCUUGAACGAAAUGACAAUAGAAACAUAUAAGAGAUGAAAGUCUAUGUUGAUUUCUCUCUUUACCGAAAAUAUUAAAAAUGUCUGUCAAUAUAAUAUAUCUGUAAAUAAUCAAGAAUAUUUAUCGUUGCAAUAACCCAGUGUUGUCCUUCACUAAAAUUUAUUUAAGCUGUUGUGUACCGUGUGUACAUUUAUAUAGAAUGAAAAAAAAAAGAUUUUUUAUGAAUCAGUAUAUGAUAAACUAUUUUUAGACACAAUAUUCAACAUAAGGCCACGUCGUAGAAAUUUAGUGCAAUAAAAAUACAACGAUGAAUGGAGGUAGGAAAGGAAGGAAGGAACAAAUAUUUUUAAUGCUUUACGAAAUUUAUAUUUUUAAAUCCUCGUGUAGACAUCACAUAUUUUAGGUUUUUUAUCUGUGAGGUUUUAUAACAAUUAAGACGCGAGAAAUAAGCGUGCAGUGAGUACUUCAAGUUGCCUUGUAUAUAGUGAUGUAGGUGUUUAAUAUUUUUAUCGAUAGUCGAUACACAGAGUAACAAAGCUGUGACUAUACAGUGUAGUCGGAAAUAACAAACGUCACGUAAAUGUAUGUCAAUGUUAUCUCUAUGUUUUAUUGUUACAAUAAUAGUUUUAUGUCAAUUAAAAUGUUUUAAUAGAAGAAUGACAAAUGUCAAAUCAUACUUAAUUCUAAGUACCUAAAUUAGUUUUAAGUGUAAUUAAUAAACUAAAUUUUAACGAGAAUGCCAUGAAUGUAAUUUUGAACUGUGAUUAUGUAAUGUUCAAAAAUAAAUUGGAAACAUUAAUUUAUUGUAAAUAUAAAUGAAGAUAUACCUUUUACAUGGACCUACUAAUAGAUUGUCAAAUUUCAUGUAAAUAUAACUUUAUCUUAUAGUUAUUUACACCGGGCUAGUCCACAUAUUUUAAUGUAAGAAAUUAAUACGUUUUUACAAAUAUUUUACUAAACUCUCCAUCUGUAUGUUUAUUUUUUUUGACAAGACAUUUUUGACAGGUCACAUUUUUUUAUCUGUUUAUUAGUGGGUCAAUGUAUACCGUAGAGUAGAUUCUUAUCGCAGUGAUUUUAUUAUAUUAACGAACUCACGUAGUUUUUAGACAUUUUGAGGUAUAGAGAUUUACGAAGUAUACAUUUAGAAUAGUUUUAUGUAUCAAUAGCGUUUUGAUCUUUGUAUUUGUUUUCUUUUUUAAUGUCUUAUUUUUUGUGUUAUUUUCGUGUAACGAUUAUUUUUGUGUGUAUAACGGUGGUUACGACAGUAGCGCUAAUAAUUUAAUCAGGAAUUAACAAAUUUGUGUACAAUAUUGCAUUUAGAUCAUUCUUAUUCUAUGAUUAUUAUAUUCAAUUUUUAAUAUUUUGCUAUACCACCCGUAAUUGUCAUAUCUGCGCAACUGCCACCAUUUCAAUAUUAUUCUUUGACAUUUUAUACUUCCCAAUCUAUAUAUAUUAAAUAAAUUUAAUAUAAUUAAUAAUAAUUUGCGCUCAAAUUCGUAAUAAAUCGUCCGUCUCCGUCCAAGGAUGUGAACGUUAAAAUUAUAAUAUUAAUGCACAAAUGUUAUUAUAUUCUUGAUAAAAUAUAACUUUGCAUUUUGUAUUGUAUAUCGCUUUUUAGCACUUUAAUAAAAUCCUUUAUUGUCGUCAAAUAAUCAAUCACAUAAAUUCAUAUGACUUUUACUUCUUUGUCAAUGUCACCGUAAAAUUGUAAGCUAUCCACACAUUGUGGUCUGUAAUAAUUUUUUGCAUUAUUAUAAUUUAUCGAUGUUAAACUGGUAUAAUGUGAAAUACACCAUACGAUACGAUGGGUUAGGUUAGGCUAUGCUUAAGAACUACACAGAAACCGGAGCCUGCGAUCUGCAUCUGACCGACUUCUUUUUUUAAUUAAAAUCGGCAUAAUACAUAACUGCGAUGCAUUUGCGUCAUAGUCUAAUAAAAAAUAAUGCGUUAAAUUGCAAGAAAAUUUUACACAUAACAAUUUGUCGACAGUUUACAUUUGGAGUUAUAUGAUUAUCUAACGGUUUAAAACCUUACAGCGAGAUAUAUGCUGCAUUACGUGUAUGCUUAAUUAUCGACUAUGAAUGUCAAUAAAUGUCACCUUGCCAGUACUACCACCGAUCUAAAAUAUUUCAAAAAACAUUUUUUUGCACAAUAAUGAAAGUUGUUUGGAUGCUUCACGGAAAUUUUAUACAAUUAUAUAUAAUGAAUAAAAUAAAAAUGU